CUUUUAAAUAUAAACUCUAUAUUUAAAUUUUAAGAAAUUUUUACUGUAGACUAAAAUCAUGACGACUUCCAGAGAUUUCACGGGAAAAGUAGUGCUGAUCACCGGCUCGAGCGGUGGUAUCGGUGCCGUCACUGCCGUAGAGUUCGCUCGACUCGGGACUCAAGUGGUGGUCACCGGUCGCAGAAAGGAUAGGGUGUCCGCUGUGGCCAACCAGUGCGCUGAGGCAUCGCCUACCGGUGCUAAAGCCCUGGAAGUGGUGGCCGAUGUCACCAACGAUGACGACUGUCGCCGAUUAGUCUCAGACACUAUCAAGACGUUCAAAAAGCUGGACAUUUUGGUGAACAACGCGGGUCUAUAUUUAGUGUCGAGCAUAUGGGACGGGGAUAUCCUCGAUAAGUAUGAGCUCAUUAUGAACACAAACCUCCGGUCAGUCGUAUGGUUGACUCACUUAUGUGUCGAGCAUUUGGAGAAAACUAAGGGAAAUAUCGUUAACAUAUCGAGUAUUUCGGCUUUUAAACCGAGAGGACUAUUGUAUUCAAUGUCAAAGGGGGCGCUGGAUAUGUUCACAAAGUGCGUAGCGCUCGAGUUGGGCCCCAAAGGUAUCCGAGCUAACGUUGUCAAUCUCGGUGGAGUGAAGUCCAAGGUUUUCGAAAUCACUCACAACUUCACUAAAGAAGAAGUGGACGAAUAUUAUGAGGGGUUGGCCACGAAGUACCCGAUAGGACGGAUGGGUGAGCCCAUGGAUGUGACAAAAGCCGUGUUGUAUUUGACGUCCGAUGAGGCGUCGUUUGUGACCGGAUCCAACUUCGUGGUCGACGGCGGCAAACAAUAUGUCUAACCCUCGUAUUUAUCACAUUGCGGCCAUGUCUUAUUUAUUGGCCUAG